UUUUUUUUGUGAUGUACAGAGAUCAUGUUAAUACAGCCAAAGUCUUGUGUAUAUAUUUACAAAAAGUUUGACAAUGAACUUUGGUUCCGAAACCGACUACUGUAUAUACUUCCAGAUUCUGAUAAAUUUAAAAAUAAUUAUUCUAAAGUUAUUUACGUUCUUGGGCCUACAGUUCUUGUACCUUUGUGGAGUGAAGAAGGCAAGGGCAUCUUCCGGGAAAUUGCGCGGCAAGAAUUGUCCCCAUGAGAGUGACACCCACUUACGCAUUGUAGUUAAAGUGAUUUCUGAGCCUUUUUUUUUCUUCUUCUUAUGUUGACCCAAGCAUACACUGUUUUGUUCACGCGGAAUACCAAGUCGCCCAAGGAAGAGGAAGAAACAGGAAGACCACCUCCAUGCCAUGUCGAUCUCGGAUGUGGCCUCUUUGGUUGGAGGUGCUGCUCUGGGAGCUCCUUUUUCUGUUAUUUUUAAUCUGUUGACUGAAGAGGUCAGUAAAGUGAAGGAAUUCAAACCUAUUUCCAAAGAUCUCUUAUCAACCUUGAAGAGACUGGUCCCGAUUAUCAACAUGAUCGAUUCGAUGCACGUGCAACAAGGAUCGGGCCCAUGUGAGGGUGAACUAACGUUUCUGCUCAAAACGAUGGAAAGAGCUAAGGAAAUGGUUAGUAAGUGCUCACGCGUCCAGUGGUACAGUCUUGCCGAGAAAGCUUGGUAUACCAGGAAAAUAAAAGAAAUCAAUCAGGAUCUUCUCAGGUUUUGUCAGCAAGAUUUACAGCUGAUCCAGUACAAGUACCAGUUGCAUUCCAUGUCAAGCCUGAAUACGAAAAUUGACCUAUUGAGUGAUACCGCUAAAGGAUCUGCGGAGCUUUUUGUAGUACCGCAGCCUGAAACAGUUACUAUAUUUUGGUUGAUCCGGCCAUUGAGGGAGCUAAAGAAGAUGCUUCUUGAAGACCAAGCGGUUACUGUCGUGGUCUCUGCUCCUUCUGACUGCGGGAAGACCAUGUUGGUUACAAAGCUCUGCCAUGAUGCGGAUGUUAUAGGAAAGUUUAAGCAGAUCUUCUUUAUCACUGUGUCAAAAGCCCCUAACGUAAGCCUCAUCGUCCAGAGGUUUCUCCAGUACACAGGUCGUGACGCAAAGGCAUUUGCGGACGACAUGGAUGCAAAGCUCUGCAUUCAACAGUUGCUUCAGCGACUCGGGGAGAAUGGGCCUAUUUUGUUGGUUUUAGAUGAUGUUUGGCCUGAGGAUGAGUCCUUGCUUAAUAUGUUUCUGAUUCAGUUACCGGACUACAAGAUUUUGGUGACUUCUCGGUUCGAGUUCCUGCGUUUUGGUCCCACUUAUUAUUUGGAACCCUUGAUAGAUGAAGAUGUCAAGAACCUUUUCAAGGGCUGCACAUCGCACCCCAACUGUUCACCAUGCGCUAAGCAUAACGAUCUUCUCCUAAAGCUAGGGGACCGGUGCAAUUUUGUAUUACCUGCAGCGAACCCUCCGUGCAAUUUGUUAUUACCUGCAGCGAACCCUCCUUGCAGUAGCAUAUGUGGCGGUUGCAAUUAUGAGAUUGAACAUGAAAGACCUGUGGAUGUCUUUGGUGUUCUUUGGCAUCGUGAAUGUUUCUGUUGUGAUGCUUGCCGCAAACCAAUUGCUACGAACGAGGUUCAAAACCAUGUUUCAAACUCAAGAGGUAAGUUUCACAAAAGCUGCUAUGCACGGUACUGCUAUGUCUGCGAGAACAUGAAGAUGAAAAAAUUCCAUCUGCACUAUUUCUGGAAGGAGAUGUACUGCCCUGCUCAUGAUUCUGAUGGAACUCCCAUGUGUUUCAGUUGCGAGAGGCUAGAGCCUAGGGGAACGAACUAUGUAAAGCUCGGUGAUGAUCGAUGGCUAUGCCUAGAGUGCGUGGAAUCUGCGGUUAUGGAUACUUAUGAAGUCCAGGCUCUGCACUUUGAUAUCCGUGAAUUCUUCGAAGGCUUAAACAUGAAGAUUGAGAAAGAAUUUCCUCUUCUUUUGGUGGAAAAACAAGCGCUGAAUAGAGCUCAGCAGGAAGAGAAGAUUGACUACCUAUCUGAGUUGGUAACCAGAGGAAUUUGUCUGUCUGAAGCGCAGACUAUCAUAAGUGACUAUCAGAAUGGGGAGGUUAUCGGAGGUAUUUGCCUGAGGGGAAACCAGAUUGUCACAAGUGUCUCAAAAGGGCCACGGAUGGGGCGGAACAAGCACCUAAUAGGCCUGUGUACUGAGUCCCAAAGGGUUGCGAGUGAGUUCGAGGUCACUGCAAUUCUCGUCUUAUAUGGACUUCCAAGGUUAAUGACAGGAUAUAUAUUGGCUCGCGAGAUGAUGCAUGCUUAUCUUAGACUCAAUGGAUAUAGGAAUCUGAAUAACGUUAUUGAAGAAGGAAUAUGCCAAGUGCUCGGCCACAUGUGGUUGGAGUCUCAGACGUACGCCACCACUGACACAUCAAAGAAAGGAGAGAGCGCUGGUUUCGAGAGAAAGCUGGUGGAAUUUUUGAAGAAUAAGAUAGAAACAGAUGAUUCACCGGUCUAUGGUGACGGGUUCAGGAAAGUUAACCACAUGGUGAACAAGUCCAGCCUCCCGGAAACGCUCGAAGAGAUUCGUCGCUGGGGUUGAAAACGAUCACAGUUUUAAACCUGCCAUUUACGACACAUAUGUGUAAGAUUUAUGUUGACAUCACUAGUACCCUUUCGGUUUUUUACUUCUCUAUUGUCUUUUCACCGUGUCAACACUGGUAAAACUUAUUAAGCUUUGUCUAAACUAUUUCUUUCUUUCUUCCUAUUAAGUUGAAACCUUGUUAAUUUCAGAGAA